CAAGGCAGGCUCCGAGAACUCCGAUAUUACGUAGUAGUUAGAAUAGCCAGUCAGGAUUCGGGGACGUGACAAAUUUCGGAAGCACAGGGCGGAGUUUCACGGCAGUGUUUAGCGGCACGAGAGUUUUUCUGUUUGUUGUUUAUGUUCAGUUUCCAUGACACAAAAAUGGGAGCUGGUGUCUCUACCUCGAUGGGAGAUGACGGCCUACUGGAUUCUCUCCUUCUCCUCUCAUCUCUAUUCUUUCUACCAGCUGCACAAGUUUUCUAAAGAGCAUGAGGUCAAUCUGGACAGAGAGGUGCAGCUGCAGAGAGGGUUCCUUAUAUGGGGAUUCAAGAAGGACCCUACUGAUUUUGAAUGGAGUUUUUGGAAUGAGUGGGCAUGGCGGUCUCUUCUGUGGUCUCUGAUUGGCCAUGCUGUGGUGUCCAGACUGGCAGCCUGUUAUCUGCCUCAGUUCCGACUGGCAGUCUUUGCAGUGUAUGGCUUGCUCUCUGCUGGUUGGCUUCUCGGUGUGUGGGGCGUGACUGUGUUGAUGCUGCAUCUGAGCAUCUCAUUGGUGGUUGCUCAGCUACGUAGCCCCGCCCUCUCGUGGUUUUGCUCACUCCUACUGCUCUCCACACUGAAUGUCAGUGCCCUCCAGGAUUUACAGCGUGGCUGGUGUUCUUCUGAGGACCAGUACUACCUCUUGCUCUUCAGUACUGCUGUUUGUAGUUUGCGCUGCAUUAGCUUUAGUCUGGAGCUGUGCUGGAACUGCUCAUCUCUACAGGAUAGAGGACUAAAGACUCUAAUUCCUCAGUUCUACAAGCUCACUGCCUACUGCUUCUAUCAUCCUCUGUUCUACAACGGACCCAUCAUAACCUACAGAGACUUCAGCGAACAGAUAGAGAGACCGGUGUGUAAAGUGUCUUUGGUGUAUGUCUUAAGCGGAAUACUGCGCGUGUUUGUCUGGUGGUGUUUAGCAGAAUUCAUGAUCCACUUCAUGUACAUGCACGCCAUCCAGAGCAACGAAACCUACCUGGAGAUGCUGCCACACUGGGCGUUGGGUGGUUUGGCUCUCGCGUUAGUGCAAUUUUUUUACGUGAAGUAUCUGGUCUUAUUUGGAGCGGUGUCUCUGCUCGUCAGGUUGGACGGACUGGAGCCACCCACGUUACCACGGUGUGUCAGCAUCAUGUACAGCUUCACUGGAAUGUGGAGACACUUUGACGUGGGACUUUACAAAUGGCUCAUCAGGUACAUAUAUGUGCCGCUGGGAGGCUCACGUCAUGGUGUGUUCAGGAAGAUUGUCUCCACUGCGCUGGCGUUCGGGUUUGUGUGUUUCUGGCAUGGUUGCCAUGACUACCUUCAGUACUGGGCCCUCCUGAACUGGAUCGGGGUCUUGGCGGAGAAUGUUCUCGCUCUCCUCUUCUCCUCUCGUCCUCUUCAUCACACUAUUGUGUGCUGUCUAUCACCUCGGAUGCAGAGGCGUGGCCUAGCUCUAAUCUCCGCCCUCUCCACGGCUCUUCUGAUUCUGUCCAAUCUGUUAUUUUUGGGCGGGAUCCAUGUGGGUAGAAUCUUCUGGAAAAGGGUGUUUGUCCAAGGCUGGUCUUCUGUGGCCGUUCCAGUGGUUGCUUUCCUCUAUUGCUUUGCUCAAGUUGGUAUUGAGUGGGACAUGAGAUGACAACACCGCUCAGGGUGGAAUCAUGGGAAGGCAGAAAACACUAUGGUGGAGAAGCAAUGAGGUGAUAUACUGACCUCAACACAUCUCCUGUGGACCUGAUAAUGACCUCUCUAACCUGAGAACAUCUCACAGCAUGCUAACAUGUCCCUUAACCACUCAUCUGACGCACACAGUAUGUUCAUUACCGCAAUUCUCCACGCACACACACAAUGCAUUUAUCAGAGUUUGUAUGGUCAGGCACUCUCUUUCUAAGAUACAAAUGAGGAAACCUGAAAGAUCAAGAAUAUAUACAAGUUCAUAUAUUCUGUGACGGAGAUAAAGAUAAUCAGGUUUGGUGGUGUUGUUCUGAAUAGAGAGGCUAAUACACAAGACUCGAUCUCUGUGUUCCCCCCGGACCUCGUUAUGGAAAUUAAGAUGGAGUUGAUAUGGGAGAGGGAUGCUGGAAAAAAGAGCAAAAUAAACAGCUAUUUAUAUCUUAGCCAUGUGAUUAACAGAUUAGCCCCUAACUUGCAUUAGUAGCAUUAUUUAAUGUAAAAAUAGGGGAGACUAGGACUAGCUGUCACAACUAUAGUGAAUAUUUCCCAAGGUUGUUUUAUUUUAUACAAGACGCAUACUUUAAAGUCUUGCCUACAAAAAAAAAAAAGGGGGGAUCUGACAAGCAACCCCAGUCUCCCCUGCUGACCAAUGAAAAGCUAAACAGGGCAGGUGUGAAGAUAAUGCCACAACUUCAGUAUUAAAUAUGUAAAAAAAACAUCCAGGAAGGUGGUCAGAAUGAGCUCUCAAACCAUCACCCCACUUUGUUCCUGAGAUUAUUUUUGAUGUUUUUUUGUAAUGCUGAAAGUUCAUUGUAACUGUGUUAUGAUAUGUGACUGUGGUGUUGUGACAGACAUAUGUAUAGAUUACAUCCAUCAUUUCAUUUUGGAUAACAAAGCUACAAUGCACAACAGAUCGGAAUAGAAAUAGUGCGCCCGUGGUAUAAUAUGUUUGUGUGCUUUCUGGAAGACCCAAUAAUUGAUAAAGAAACCACAUACAUUCUUUUGUUUCACUAGUUCUUUCAGUGUUAUUUUAUAAACUUGGCCACUGUAAUCCAGCAAGUCAUUAAUGAACUUGCUUGAAUAUGCCUAUUGUAGACCAAAAAAUGUGAAGAUCCUUUCACAUGAGUUGCAUCAACAACAUUAAACAUCAUGCUACAGCAUUACUUCUGAACAACAAUGUGGGCAGGCCACAUGCUGUUAAACAACAUUCAAACUUGAACAAUUUCACACCAUGUCAAAAGAAUAUCCAUUGACAGUAUAAAGGUGAGGAAAAGGACCACUUGUGUAAUAUCAAAAUGAAAAUCCUGCUUUUCAGUAAAAAAAAAAAAAAAAAAAAAAAGGCUGUUUCCUCACAUUUAGUGUGUUCACACUUGUAGUUUGGUUUGUGUGGUCAAGACAAAAACUUUUAGUCCUGGUCCGAUUGGCAUUUUUGGUCAGAUUUUUUCAUUUUUAUCACUGAACCAAAAGGGAUAUGUUCACAACCUGAUUAGUCUGCUUCUAUGAUGUAUUUCCUAUUUUGACACGUAACUGCUGUGUGCUGGGAUAAAUGUGCUCGUUGUGUGUGUAGCCUGCAUGUGAUGGUAUUUUGACCAGCUGAGGACUAGUGAAGAGCUUAUAAAAAGUGUAAGGGAGUCAAAACAGUGGUGGGAAUCCCUCCGUUACACACACAAACAAAGAUUUGCUGCAUGGAGACGUGGUUCUAAUGCCUGUACUUAACUAUGAUGGACAACAUCGCGA